AAAAAGAGACUUAAACCAUGGUAUAAAGAAAGGUUAGAGACAAAGUAUAUAAAGCCGAGAAAGCUUCGAGGUAAUUCAGAAACACUUAUAGGCUCAGCUUGGACAUUUUUGGAGAAAGGAAGUGAUGACUUCAGAGAUGGGCUCCCCCCGGAAGCCAAUUACAAUUAUAUCAAAAAGACUGACACUGGUUUAGGACCAAACAUUACCGGGUCUGAUGAAACUAUCAAUGCUCCCACCAAGCGGAGAAGUAGGUUUACCAAGGAUGAAGCUUGUUUUUCAAGGUCGCUGCCUCUUCAACAACAGAGAAGAGGUCGUGUAGAAGACAUAGAGUUCAACUUGACGCAGCAUCCCUUGGCUCUUUUCCCUCACUUGGAGGAAUCUCUUCCCCCUGAUGUGUUUGAAGAUGUUGUUGAGAUUCUUGACCCAGAGAUGAAUAUUGACAGCGAAAUUGGAGAAGAUGAGAUGCAGGUAGAGGAAGUGAAUUGCUAUCUUCACAAUAAAAGGAGGAUUGUAAUACAAUGUCAUGCAACUACAUUUUUACUCAAUUAUAUAUUAUUGCAUAAUUUACUCAGGUAUAAAGAAAGGUUAGAGACAAAGUAUAUAAAGCCGAGAAAGCUUCGAGGUAAUUCAGAAACACUUAUAGGCUCAGCUUGGACAUUUUUGGAGAAAGGAAGUGAUGACUUCAGAGAUGGGCUCCCCCCGGAAGCCAAUUACAAUUAUAUCAAAAAGACUGACACUGGUUUAGGACCAAACAUUACCGGGUCUGAUGAAACUAUCAAUGCUCCCACCAAGCGGAGAAGUAGGUUUACCAAGGAUGAAGCUUGUUUUUCAAGGUCGCUGCCUCUUCAACAACAGAGAAGAGGUCGUGUAGAAGACAUAGAGUUCAACUUGACGCAGCAUCCCUUGGCUCUUUUCCCUCACUUGGAGGAAUCUCUUCCCCCUGAUGUGUUUGAAGAUGUUGUUGAGAUUCUUGACCCAGAGAUGAAUAUUGACAGCGAAAUUGGAGAAGAUGAGAUGCAGGAAAGUGACCAGGAGGAUACUGAGGGAGAUAAACAAACUAUUGCUCAAGAUGAAGCUCAGUCCGAGAAAAGUGGAGAAUCAGGAAAACUAAGCAAUUCUGAAUCUAAGGACCAGGCCAAACUCACAUACAAAUGGCUUCCUAAACAAGAAGAAGUGCAGAAAGAAGAAAGCAAGCGAGCCAGUCGCCGUAAGGCAGAGUCUCCAACAUCGGUAAGGAUUGACACCAAGCUGCAAAGCUUUAUUUCCAAUCAGAAUAAAUUUUUAUAUGUCACGUUUCACGCCUCUUUGCAGUCCGAGAAAAGUGGAGAAUCAGGAAAACUAAGCAAUUCUGAAUCUAAGGACCAGGCCAAACUCACAUACAAAUGGCUUCCUAAACAAGAAGAAGUGCAGAAAGAAGAAAGCAAGCGAGCCAGUCGCCGUAAGGCAGAGUCUCCAACAUCGGAUGCAAGAAUACANGUACCUAUCCAUGUUGUUGAGCUGACAAAUGUUCCACCUGAAUUAAGAAUGAACACAGGAUCGCCAUUACCGAAGCCCAGUGAUACAAGACAAGUACCAGAAACUGAGAAGGACAAGGGUAAAGCUAAGUAUACUCCAAGCUGGGUGAAGGUAAAGUAUGGUGCAUGGUACCUAAGCCCCAGGACUUGGAAAGCACGGCCAACUGAUGAACCAUUACAAGAUCCUAAAGCACAGCAAGAUAAAACUUUGUCUGAAUCCAAGAAGAAAAGCCAGAAACUGGAUAGCGUACUCUCCACUAUGCAUGGAGCAAAAGCCUUCAAAGACUUCAUUGACAAGAAGAACACCAGAGUGCCAGAAUUUCUUGAGGUAGUUUCUGAACAACAAGAACAAGCCAACAAAACAGACACAGAUGAGACUUCACAAGAGAGGAAAAAAUCACGUGCCAUUAGUACAACAACACAAUUUGGUUCAACUAAUUACGUAUUCUGAGACUAUUUAACGUGACAAU